AUGCCUCCAAAGAAAGCUGCCGCUGCUGCCUCUGGCAAGGCCGCUGCCGCCACCCACGCCUCGUACAAAGAUAUGAUCAAGGAUGCCAUUGUCGCCCUCAAAGAACGCAAUGGAAGCAGCCGUCAAGCGCUCAAGAAAUACGUCCAGAACAACAACACAGUCAACAUCACCUCCCAGGCUGCCUUUGACGCGCAGUUCAACCGUGCUCUCAAGGCUGCCGUCGAGAAGGGCGACUUCACCCAGCCAAAGGGUCCUUCUGGCCCCGUGAAGCUCGCGAAGAAGGAAGUCAGCAAGCCCGCCGCUAAGCCUGCCGUCAAGAAGGCCGCCGCCGCAACCAAGCCCGCUGCUAAGCCAGCUGCUAAACAAGCUGCUAAACCAGCUACCAAGAAGGCCACCACUACCACCAAGAAGCCAGCAGCCAAGGCAGAGAAGCCAAAGAAGGCCGCUGCUACCACCACCACCACCACCAAGAAGGCUGCUGCCACCAAGACAAAGACCAAGGCCAACACCACCAAGCAACGCAAGGCUUCCACCUCCGCACCCGCCGUCGUUGACGUGCCCAAGGUCCUCGGUAAGACCAAGUCAGGCAGAGUAACCAAGUCGUCUGCCAAACCAGCCGCCGCUCCCAAGAAGGCCGCCCCAAAGAAGAAGAGAACCAGCACCGCCAAGGGAACACCCAAGAAAGCCUCCGCUUGA